AAAUUUAACUUAUUUGUUCUUAUUGAGAGUUUAAUAGUAUUCAGAUAUGUGACAUUAUCUUUCAGUGUCAUCGGCUUGUUCUUCUCCUCUGUCUCAGCCAAUCACCACGGCAACAAAGAUGACAUCAGUCUUUCCAUUGGCUGUGUUGCUCUGUCUGUCCAGCGGACUGCUGGCUGCAGAUGGACAACAAGCUCCAUGUCCUCCUGGUUGGACCCAGUGUGGCUCUCGCUGUUUCCUUUUCAACACGGGGCCAAAGAACUGGAUCGAUGGAGAGCUGUUCUGCAUCUCUGUUGGAGGGAACCUGGCCUCCAUCCACUCAGAGGUGGAGCACUCGUUCCUCAGAAACUACAUCAAACAAGUGACCGGCUCAGACAAGAGCGCCUGGAUCGGCGGCCAUGACGCAGUGAAGGAGGGUACGUUGUUGUGGACCGAUGGGUCCAAGUUCGACUUCCAAAGCUUUGCCGAGGGGGAGCCUAACAACCGCGGUGGAGCGGAGAACUGCGUUGUGAUGAACUUUAACGGAAACAACUGGAACGACGGCAGCUGUGAGAACCUGGCGGCUUUUAUGUGCUCCAAGGACAGCGUGUAACCCUAAGGCGCCAUCAUGAAGCCUCUACAGCUCCAAUCUCUAAUCUCUAAUCUCUGAUCUCUAAUCUCUAAUCUCUAAUCUCUAGCAUUGAUUCAUCC